GCCAUGAACGCCUCAGAGCCAGGGGCCACAGUUUAGAGACGAGAGAGAGAGAGAGAGAGAGAGAGAGAAAUAAAGACGCAGCUCCGGAGAAGUGAAAGUGACAGAGACGAGUUGAGACGAGAAGACCGGAUACGGAGAAAAGUCGCAGUACGUUGCCCAGGCGCGCUUCACAGUCUGGAAGGGCAGAGCUGGUGUGCGGUGUUUCCUGUUCGGAGAGUUGACUCGAGUCGCACUUUUAAAUGCAUCGGAUCCGGUGACAGCCUCGACGCAAACACCGCAAGAGACACGACAGACAUGGAGAAUGGGAAGAGCCGCCUGCAGCAGACCCAGGAGGAGGUGGAGGAGGUGAAGGUCAUCAUGCUGGACAACCUGAACAAGGCUGAAGAGAGAUCUGGCAAACUGGGCGAACUGGAGGAUAGGGCUGAUGUGCUGCUGGAAAAGAGUAAAGCUUUUGAAAAGACCUGCAACCAGGUGAAGCAAAAGAAAAGAUGGGAGAACAAGAAGAUGAAAGUGUUGUUUAUUGGCAUCGGAGUGGUAGCAGCAGUCAUCAUCAUCGGACUUAUAAUCUUUGCCAUUUCUAGUUAGCGUACGAGGAUGGUAGCUCCUUUGCUGAUGAAAGGAAAAUAAGAUAUCGGGACUGAAUGACAUGAAGUGGACAAAGAUAAAAGGUCCAGGAAAAGAGGAGUCCAAACGCUGGGACUCUAGCAUCUUGCCUGAACUGCUUAUUCUGUGAUAUUUCGGUGUUUAGAGAUAUUUAUGGGAGUAAAUAUAGUGUCUUCAAUUGAUAUGGUACCAUUGAUUGCUCGGCUGCUUUUUCUCUUUUUUUUUAUAACUAACCAAAGUCGUGUCUCUAUCUGUCCCACACUGUUAGGACACACCAGUUCACACUUUCAUGGACUGAAAGUCUUUAAAGUCCAUUGAAUGGUGUAAAACCAGUCCACUACCCUUCCUGUAAAAACUCGCUAUCAGACAGGUUUGUUAAGAUUAGAUCUGAAUAAAAAGUGCUCUGCCAUCACCCCACCUCUUUAAGCAAAACUAUGAAUUACUAAUAUUUUUAACCAACCAUCAUUAGGCUGCUACUGUCGUACUAUUUGCUUGUACAUACUGGUUCACAUUCAGGAGCACCACUCAGAGGAGCAGAGAAUUGCCAUCGCUGGCAAUUCUGAAGACAGAAUCCAUGUAACCGAAAAGUCAAUCAGUGACUUGGUGAGAGACGAGAGUCAGUGCAUGAAGACAGAGGAGAAAUUACAACAGAUGCCAAAUUGGAUAAAUAUGUACAAACUUUGGAUCGCUUCAAAUGGGAAAAAAACUGAUGUAUUGUAAAAUGAAAUUUCAGCUGUUAAAAAUGAAAUGUUCUCAGAGUUGCCUGCAUCAUUAAAAUGUGUUUUUUUUUUUUAUCUUUGAGUGAUUGACUGAUUUCAGAUUUGUUGGAGUUUCAAUGAUUCCCAUUUUUCUUCUUUCAUACAAUCUUUGAUUUUUUUGUUCAUAUUAUUCUCGAAAACACAGAUUAUAGGGUUUUAUGAUCUGUAACUGUUCUAUACAUCAAUAACGUGUGUAACAUGUGCAUAGAAAACAGAUUAAUGUCUUCAGCUGCUCCUAUUUUUCGUCAGAUGACCGCUCUAAAAUCAAAUCUUACACACUAUGUGCAAACUUUGGGUUGAUACAAACCAGUAGCCAAACCUCUAGCAAAUGUGUUUCCUUUCAUUUAUAGCCAUAAUCCACAUGGAACAAUUGUGUUUUUUUCUGAAUGAUCCUCUAGAAGCAUAGAUGAAAGCAUUAGAAGAAGGUUUGGGAACCUGGAACUGCCAAUAGCAAAUUCUAAUAUUUCCGUUUAAUUGCAUUUAAUCUUCAGUUUUAGCAAAGAAUAUUAGAAUGACCCCUUGUGGCCAAUGUUUUUACUUCAGAUAAGUAUGCAGAGCAGAGGAAAAACUGCUCUACUUUUCAGGUGUAUUGUGUAAUGCCUUUCAGCAGUUCACUUCUAUUUAACUAUAUAGCCAGACACUUACUGUUUACUAAAAGGCUUGAUGACGGUGUUUGAAAUCCUCGAAAAUGAAUCGGAAUCCAUAUAUUGUUAGGGCACUUUGCCAAAUGAGGCGCAUCUGUCUCUCUAUGAUGCAUUUAGGACACAAGUGGCGUUGGUUAUCGUAGCUGAAGUCUAUUCCAAGCUCCAUAUUAUUAAAAAGAGAGAGAAAUUAAUUUUCUGUUCAAGUGUGACUUUAUGCCUGAUUUGCAAAAAUAUAAAGUUCCAGUCCCUCAUGUAUGCAAAGAUGGUAUUUACUUACAACUUCACUCCACGUAACAUUAUCUCGUAGGACAUUAGACUUAUUUUCAUUAACUCAGUCUAUUUUUACGGCGUACUGCCUUGAAGAAGUGACCUUAUUGUCAGCAAUCUCCUAAAUUCUGACACGGAACUUAACCCUGACAAAUGUACUUUUAAGCCCAUCUGUUAGGGACAGAGAGAGAUCUCCCAAAACACAACUGUACUGAGUUUUUUUCCAUAAGAAUGAGGUGAGCAUAUUAUCAAUAGACAUGUUGGACCAUCUAGGAACAAUCUACAAGAGUGAGCAGAGCUCGGCUUCUAAGGGAGAAGCCUCUGUGUGACCACAGAUUAAAUCUCUCCUGGGUUUUUUUUUUGUUUGUGUGUUUUUUAAUCGGUAUAAAAUUUGUGAGACACCUCCGACGUUGAACCAAACACACAUUUAAAAGCUUGUAUGACUUUUUAAAAUGUACAUUUUUUUAACAGGAAUAAUUUACAAUAAUCAAAUAAUACAGCUUCAAGCAUGGAAACACACAGAAUAGUUUAACUAAAUACUGUAUAAAACAACAAACAAAUCAAUAAAUAAGACACUGCAGAGACUGUGGGUUGUUUGGCAACGUUAUUUCCAAGUGCUCAGACACUCUUGACUUUUUAAAUGGCAACUGCUCUCAAC